AUGUUCCACAUUGGAACAGAAACAUCAAGUGAACGGCUCUUGAAAAUGACUUCCACGAUAUCAUCUCUAUUCGGCUACAAGCCCAGCAUAGUCGCUCCGAAGACCCCUGAUGGCCCUUCAAAAGCUCUGCCCGCAUCCUGGUAUCGAUCACCAGAGAUGUAUGAGCUAGAGCGACGGGCCAUCUUCUCAAAGAAAUGGAUCUUGAUUACCCACAAGCUGCGUUUCGAUAAACCAGGAGAUUAUCAUCGCUUUGAAGAGGCUGGGUUCUCAUUUUUCUUAUGUCUGGACCGGGAAGGGAAGCUGAACGGCUUCCACAAUAUCUGCCGCCAUCGCGCAUUCCCCCUGGUGUCCCAAGAUGACGGAAAUGCCAAGAUUCUGUCGUGCAAAUACCACGGUUGGUCAUACGGACUCAAUGGAAAUUUAGCGAAGGCGCCAAAGUUCGACGAUGUCCCGGGUUUCAACAAGAGCGAGCAAAGUUUGUUCCCGGUGCAUAUUCAUGUUGAUGAACUCGGAUUCAUUUGGGUCAAUCUUGAUUCAUCGCCAACCCCCGUUCCCUGGGAGGAAGAUUUCAAGGGAGUGGACACACAAGAGAGAUUCCAGAAAUUCGAUUUCAGCCAGUACAAGUUCGACCACACAUGGCACAUGACUGGCAACUACAAUUGGAAGACUUUGGCAGAUAACUACAACGAAUGCUACCAUUGCACCGUUGCGCAUCCCGAUGUGGCAAACUUGGCCGAUCUUUCAUAUUACUACACCAUCUCGAAGCCUGGGCAUAUUCAGCACUACUCCCGGCCGAAGGCAGACAAGGUGGAGGACGAUAUUGAGAACGCAAGCACGUAUUAUUUCCCAAAUGCGUGCAUGACCGUCUCACCCCACUUCUUCUAUAUGAUGCGAUGUGUUCCAACCUCCGCAGGGACUUGCUCGAUGGAGUACGAAGUAUACCGACACAAGGAAGCGUCAGAUGAGGACUUCGAGUAUAUUGAUUCAUUUUUCAAACGGGUCCUGGAUGAAGACAAGCACCUUUGCAAUGCAGCACAGAAGAACCUCAACUCUGGUGUAUUCGUCAACGGGCAACUCCAUCCCGAUCUUGAGAGCGCCCCCUUAUUCUUCCAGAAUACUGUCAGGCGUCUAAUCACGACGCAUCGGGAGGAAGAAAAACGCGAGAAAGGGGAAAUCUGGCCUGCCCGCCAAAGUUCUGCUGGCUCGGCGACGGCGGAGGAUAUUGAAUUUUGUUCAGGACUUUCUUGUGGAGAUGGGGCUAGUAAUUUGGAGUGGUAG